AGCACUUCGCAAAAAAUCUGUCAUCUAUCAUGACUUUAUCCCCCGGCUUACACAUACCAUUACCUGUUUUGUCGACCUCCAAAAAAACGCAAAGGAAAAAGCGGCAAAAGCAGUGUACCGUUAUCUCGUUGCGCUACCCAACACACUUGGUUUCCAAGCUCUGUUCAAAAAUGUCCGUUAUAUAUCCUUCCAGCUCGCUUGGAUGAGUAUUGACGAGGGUGUAAAUUGCUUUUUACCGUCGCUCCCUGGUCUCACCAUCAGCGCGCGUUACGACCGGUUCCUGUCUAAUGUCCCCCCGCUUCACACCAGACCCUGCGCUAGGAAGUCAAGAAUGCAUAUAUACUUCUCAUGAUACACCUGAGCCCCUGGUGGCAACUCCCGACAACAUCCUGGGCUCAUGUGUUUGCCGGCUUGCGUACAAUCGGGUUCCCUGUUGAAUUAUUCGACACUAAAAUAUGGCCGGAGCCGCACGAGGUGUUCGUAGUCGGUGGGAUCCGACACUUCCGUCAAUUCACGUACAUAUAUGAGAGGCGGCUCGGAUCGUGGGAUCCAAGGAAUAUCAAUCAGCGCUUGUGGAUGGCUUCUAAGGGACAGCACAGUUCGUGAUUAAAGACACUUCCAUCUACUUCCAUCUGAUUUGUCUGACGCCUUCACCUCUAGGGUUCAGGCCCAGGUGUCUUGCCAGUCUGUUCUACCAUUGGCAAUUUAACCGCGUGCAGUCAUCUUUAUCCACCUCGUGCUAUUUUUAUAGGAAUGACGUUAAGAGACUGAUGUGAAGAAAGCUAUACUUCCAUCCAACGGCACCCGCUAUGGUUUUCGGCGGCCACACUCACAUACGGGACUGCCAUCAGUGCUUAUUUUCAUCGACCGUUGAUCGCAACAAUAGACAAGUAUGCCUUAUUAUCAGUAGAUAAUUAAGUACAUCUUUGUUAUGCUAGCAUGUUAGUGUAUCACCGAUGUAUUAUCUACGCCCGGCGUCCCCCAGUGGACCGUGCCGUGUAAUACUACCUACCUACCUACCU